AUGUGGAAGGAUUUGACCUUGGAUUUGACCUUUCCGGCUCUAGACCCAGAUGAUGCCGUGUAUGAGCCUCGCAGCUCUCGGCUACUAGUGCGAGGCCUGGGCGAGAACGACGUGGAUGAUGAUGAAGAGGACUGCGAGUCUUCAGCCCGUCUUCUGGGCAUGUCCUUCAUGAACCGCAGCGCCACCCAGAGAUCGAGCGCCUCUCCUUAUGUCAGACAGCCUCCACCCAUACCAGCCAAUGAUGGUGCACUGCGCUUUCAGACCUUUCCGGCUCUAGACCCAGAUGAUGCCGUGUAUGAGCCUCGCAGCUCUCGGCUACUAGUGCGAGGCCUGGGCGAGAACGACGUGGAUGAUGAGGAAGAGGACUGCGAGUCUUCAGCCCGUCUUCUGGGCAUGUCUUUCAUGAACCGCAGUGCCACCCAGAGAUCGAGCGCCUCUCCUUAUGUCAGACAGCCUCCACCCAGGUCAUGUUCACCACCCUCAGCCCGCACCAUGAUUGUUUGUGUGCUAUUUCUGGUCAUAGUGGCUUCCAUGACCAUGGUAUUAUACUUUUUACCCGGGUGCAUCUUUUCAAAGACGGGAUGCCCUAAACAAGAGAACAAGACGUCAAAUGGCACUGAUGAUGAACUCUUCCCGUGGGCACAAUACCAGCUCCCUCGUAGCAUACGUCCUCUCAGCUAUGAUCUCACCUUGAGCCCUAAUUUGAGCACCAUGACUUUCAGCGGCCACACUGUCAUCAACAUGUUUGUACUUCACAACACCAAGCGCAUUGUCCUGCACAGUGCUCAUCUCAAUAUUACCAAAGCUGCAUUCAAGCUUGGUGAUGGUGAGCCCAGUGAUGUCACAAUACUGGAGAACAAGCCAAUGGAGCAGAUAGCUGUUAAAUUGUCUGCAGAGCUGAAGGCAGGCCAGCAUUGUGUGUUGACCCUGGACUACAGUGCCAGUCUGUCACACACCUACAAUGGUUUCUACAAUAGUUCCUACAUAGAUCUCGAGGGAAACAAAAGGGUCCUAGCUGCUACCCAGUUCGAGCCAUUCUAUGCGCGAAAGGCCUUCCCUUGCUUUGAUGAGCCAUCAUUUAAAGCCACCUUUCUGGUGAAAAUCAACAGGAAACCAGAGCACAUGGCACUCUCCAACAUGCCUAAGGCAAAGACCACACACCUUUCCAGUGACCUCCUGCAGGAUGAGUUUGCAAAGGCCAGCGUCAACAUGAGCACUUACUUGGUGGCAUUCGUGAUUGGUAACUUCGCCGCCGUGAGCAAAAACGUCUCUGACACUCUGGUGUCUGUGUACAGUGUACCGCAGAAGAAAGACCAUACCAAGUACGCUUUGGACACAGCGGCCAAACUACUGGAAUUUUACAAUGACUUCUUUGAAAUUGACUAUCCCCUGCAGAAACUUGACUUGAUUGCCAUCCCAGACUUCCUGGCAGGAGCCAUGGAGAACUGGGGUCUGCUCACCUUCAGAGAAAGCAACCUACUGGUGGGGGAACACUCCUCCCUCGUGGAAAAACAAGAUGUUGCUUCAGUCAUUGCACAUGAGCUGGCUCAUCAGUGGUUUGGAAAUUAUGUCACAAUGAGUUGGUGGAGUGACCUGUGGCUCAACGAAGGCUUUGCCACUUACAUGCAGUUCAUAUCACUGCAGAUACUCCUGCCACAGCUUGACAUGGGCAACUUGUUCUUAGAGGUUCGAUUCAGAGCAUUGGACCAAGAUGCACUAAACUCCACCCACGCUGUCUCUACCGGAGUCAAUACAUCAGAGCAGGUGCAAGAGAUGUUCGACUCUGUGUCCUAUAAGAAGGGGGCUUCCAUUCUCUUGAUGUUGAACGCCUCUCUGCCUGGUGACCAGCAGUUCAGGAAAGGUAUUAUUCAGUAUCUGAAGCAGUUCUCCGGUUUAAACACUGACACUGACGACCUCUGGAACAGUCUUACAGAGGUAGAGGUCUCAAGUCAGAGUCCAAAUGUGUCAGAAAUGAUGAGGUCAUGGACAUUCCAGAAAGGCUUCCCUUUGGUUACAGUCUCCCGCAAGGGGGAUGAAGUGACUCUUAAACAGGAGAUUUUCCAGCUCACGGUAGACAGCAGCACAUAUUCCUCCAGCUUGUGGACUAUUCCAGUGACAUAUGUGAAUGACAGCUGUGGUUUGGCCCCUGAAUGCAGACAAGUGUUCAUGCUGAAGACCAAGUCAGGCACUCUGAAGGUGCCUGAAACCGUGAAAUGGCUGAAGCUGAACUACAGGAGCACAGGCUUCUACAUCGUUGACUAUGGAAACGAAGGUUGGGCUGCUUUGGCAGACGCCUUGUCCAACGACUUCCAAGCUCUCACACAGGAGGACCGUGCUUCGCUGAUACACGACAUCUUUGCUCUCUCCAAACUGGGGCGCGUGUCCUUCCGCCAAGUUUUGAGCCUUCUAAACUACAUGACAAAUGAAACCGAGGCCAGUCCUAUAAGGGAGGCCUUGCUGCAGCUCAACCACAUCUACCAGAUGUUGCACAAAAGAUACGAGCAGGGCCUCUGCGCUCGGAUGAAGAGAUAUAUUCUGAAUCAGUACGGUGCACUGAUGGAUAACCAAACAUGGGACAUGGAGGAGAGUGUGUCCAAACAGUAUCUGCGAUUUGCCCUCUUAGAGACGGCCUGUGAUCUGGGGCAAGACAAAUGCAAGCAGCACGCAGAAAGCAUGUUUAAGCAGUAUGUCGAAUCCAACGGAACCUUCCAGAUUCCGGGUGAUCUGCAGCGAGUUGUAUUCCGUGUGGCAGCUCAGUCCACUGAAGACUGGGAGACUUUGCUCACCAUGUAUCACUAUGCCACUUACGACACCGAGAAGAAAAAUAUGAUACAGGGCUUAGCUUCCACGCAGGACGCACAGAAAAUUGUGUGGCUUCUCAAUGUCUGUUUGAAUGGAAAGAUCAUCAAGGCACAGUACCUUCCCUUGCUCUUCAGAACCAUCUGCCAAAACUUUGCUGGCAACUUGAUUGCUUGGGACUUCGUUCAAGUCAACUGGAACCAGAUCACACAAACGUUUCCCAUAGGUUCAUUUUCCUUCCAAUCAAUCAUCAACGCUGUCACCUUUCAGUUUUCUGCAGAGUCACAUUUUAAUCAGGUGCAAUGGUUCUUCUCCAGCGUGAGGGAGAGCGGCUCUCAGUUGCGAAGCGCGCGAGAAGCGCUGGAGACCAUCCGACUGAACCAACGUUGGAUGGAGAGGAAUCUUCCCUCUCUCCGUAAAUGGCUUUAAUGCAGGCCAGGCACUCUUUCCGUUCUCCACUCACCUCCGCUGCCCCCAGUACCAGUUUAGCUGGCCGACUGGGGUACGUUGUCAAGACAACCGCAAAGUUUGCACUUUUGUCUCUUAAGCUCUGUGUAGUCUGAUUUGAGCUGGACGGGGUAACCCCUCGUGUAUGGCUCCCGUGAGAUUUUAGCUAGCUCAGGGCGGCUCUGAUUGUAUCUGGCAGAAAGAUGUCAGACCUAAACACUCCUCACACUUGAAGCUGUCGACCAAACCUCACAUCAGACAAUCAUGCGAUCCACUUUUUCUUUACCAAACCCUUUCAAUCAGUGACUGUAUGAGCUGUUUAAUGGCUGCUCCCAAAAGAGCAGGUACACGUGUCAACACUGUUUCCUGUUCCAUGAGCCCUGGACGGCAUCUCUGCUUUAACAUGUCGACUCUUCUGCACAAGUAAAAUUUGCAUUGGCUCCUCUUGGUAAAAUCUGAAGAGAAACAAUGGCAGCCUGCAAUUAUGCAUCCUGCAGCGUUCGAUAUUUUGGAAGGGGUGAGGAAGUGGUUGGUCGGCCAAAAAAAAAUAAAAAAUCCUUCCCACAAUGUACAGGAGAUGGCGCAGUAAACCACUGUGCGGGGUUUAAAAGCAACCAACGUGUCUUAACUGAAGCAAGCAGCACACUGGUCACCUAAGAAGUUUGCAGCAAUGAUCCGAUGUUCUUUCUUGUAAAAAUUCUAGAAUUAUAAUGUAAAUGUAAAUACAGAAUGUUCUGUCCCGCAACAGCAGAAGCAGUUUUGGAUGUGCCGUUUUUAUUUAAUCUCUAGUCUUGACUUUGCUCCACUUGAAUUUUAGUUUUUUCUUCUGUACAUAAAAUGUAUAGCGGACAUUUAUUGAUAACAUUUGAUGAAGGCUCUUCUCCUCAUAUUUUUUACUGUGUUUCCAGGAGGCCACUUAUGAAGGUGUUGUUUGUAAAAGGGCUCACGUGUAUAGAAGAAUGUUUAUUUCGGGUAAUUGUCCACAAUUGCCUCAUACAAUGGCUUAAAGUUACUCCAUCUCCAGAAUAAAAAGCUGUCACCCUA